AUGCCACGAUCAUUCAAGAAGUUGUAAGUUUUUUUUUCCAAACCAAUCUUGAAUGAUUGAAACAUCGUUUUUUUUUCAGGGAUUAUCCACCAUUUCGACGAGCUCUCUCGUGCUCGCCAGUUCGAGUAACUCCAAGAUUUGAGAACCCGGCUCCAACUACUUUGGAAAUCACAGUUGCUAGAAGAGCCCUGGUUGUUGAUAUCAAAGUUUGUAUUAUUCGAACUGCUUCAGGUAUUCAAAUUGUUCGACUACCAAAAAUCCAUUUUGAAACGGUUCAACAAGUUGUCGAAGUCAACAAUCCAACUAUGUAA